AAAUCUCUCCCCGAAUCUCGAUCCAACAAGUUGAUUACAGGCAUAAUGCAAGGAGACAGAAAAGUUAGAGACAACUCCGAUACUUCGAAUACCCCAUUCGAUAAUUUCGGUUUUCGUGGUAGCGUUUUCGAUGGGAGGGAUCCUUUUGAUGACCCUUUCUUCACUCGUCCACAAAGUAGCUUGUUCGCUUCGAACAUAUUUAGUUCCAUUAGUCCUGGUGAUAUAAAUCACACAAACAAAUCAAAGGGACCAGUAAUCGAAGAAUUAGACAGUGAUGCUGAUGAAGAACCGGAAGAGAAAACGGAGGAUGCUGCGUUUGGGAAUAGGAAUCCGCUCGUUGAGCACCCUGAUGAACUUCAAUCCAACGAGUGUGAAAAGAGUAUAAGCAACGGAAGAGAUGUAUCGUAUAGCAAUGAUCGUAAAAAAGUAGAAGUAAUGCAACCACAGACGAAGAGUGUGAGCUUUCAGAGAGUUACUUAUGGUGGGAUUAAUGGAGCUUAUUACACGGCCUCAACUUCUCGUAGGAUUGGGAGUGAUGGAGUGACGUUGGAAGAGAUCAAACAAGCGGAUAAAACAACCGGUGAAGCAACACACAAGAUUUCUAGAGGAAUUCAUGACAAGGGACAUUCGGUAAUGAGGAAGCUUGAUUCGGAUGGUAAGGUGGACACUAUGCAGAGUCUGCACAACCUAGAACAGGACGAGCUCGAGGGGUUUGAACAAGCUUGGAGAGGCAAUGCAGAUAGGCAGCAUUUGCAUGGUUGGAAUAAUACAUUCGAUUUUCCUGGGGGCAAUUUUGGUAAUUUACAAGCUCAGCAAAAUUCCGGAGGUAGACUGAAGAAGGUUGUAAGGAUCAACAUUGAAUAGCUCGGCAUUUUUGUCGAAGAAUGGCCAAAAUAUUAUAUCAGCUACUGAAAUUUGGUAGAAAUGAUUAUAGUUUGUUGUUGUUUCUAUCUGAAUUAUGAUAAUAAGUAAUUGUUGUUGUUGUUGUUGUUGUUGUUGUUGUUAUUAUUAGUUCUUUC